AUGAUCACGGACAGCCUAGUCAAAGUGUUCCGCUCGGAACGUCUCAUCUACCGAGCCUUUCAGAACGACGAGAAGGACAAGGCAUUCUGCUAUGAGCAGAUCACAAGCGACCCCGUGAACUAUGCCCUCAGUGACCCAGGGCUCCUCGCGCCUCGCAGCCGCCAGGCGGAGGACGCCAUGACGGAUGACUUGGCCAAGAGUCUUCUCGCUGUUGUACUCUGCCUCCCAGCAGACGAAUCGUCCACGGAGGAUCAGUCGUCAACCGAUGAGAAAGCCUUUAAAGAUCCGCAGAAGGCUGAACCAAUCCCGAUUGGAUUCAUGUGUCUCAACUGGGGCGGCUUUGGUCCCAAAUAUCUGCACCAUCACCGCAGCACAGAGCUCGGCAUCACCAUUGCAGCCCCUUAUCAGGGCAAGGGGUAUGGAUCAGAAGCCUUGAAAUGGGUUCUCGACUGGUCGUUUCGGUUCGCAAACAUGCACAGUGUAACACUGGGGUGCGUCGAGUAUAACACGAGAGGGCAGAAGGUGUACGAGAAAGCUGGCUUUGUGUUGGAGGGACGACGGCGACAAGUCCACUUCUAUGAUCGCAAAUGGUGGGAUGUGUUGCUUUACUCGGUCCUAGAGAGUGAGUGGGAGCAGAGGCAGGUAGAACAAGAUGAGAAGCAGUGA